GACCCAGUGGCCGGUGGGUGUAUCUCACUCACAGGUUUGGUUUGGUUAUGUUCAGCUGAAAGUGGGAUUUUUUUGUUUAUAAUUGCACCAUAAUCAUUCAUCAUCAUUCAUCACCACACAGCCGGGAUUCCGCGCAGAUCAUCAGAUUAUUAAUGUAAAUCAGGAAAAUUGCGGUUUGCUUGUAUUUUGAUGAGACUCUCUUUGCUUUCAUUUGGGCAGAAGUUGAGGAGGAUAAAAUGUCCAUCUACUCGCGGGUUAUCCUCCACGCCACCAGCAUUCUGUGCAGCCAUAAGGGCUCGCUGGAGCUCUCUCAGCUCUACAGGAAGGUCUACCAGCGCUUUGAUAUCGAUGAUGAACAUUUCCUGUACAUCCUGAGAAGAUGUUCGAGGUUCGCCAUGGUCAGGACCAAGCUGGGUCCAGAAAAAGGCGAGACAGGUUGUACUGUAGUGGCCAAAACCUCUCUGUGCCUGUGUAAGAACUACGCCAAGGAGAACUGCUUCGGCUGUCAGGACCUGCAUCUGUGCAAAUACUUCGUGUACGGAAACUGCCGCUAUGGGAAAGGGAGGAAGGAGUGCAAGUUCUCCCAUGACAUUCAGUCUGAGCAUAACUUUCCCAUUCUCCGCGACUGCACGCUUCACGAGCUUCAUGAGGAAGAUCUUUUCCUCCUCCUGCUACAGAAUGACCCUGCGCUACUGCCUGAGGUGUGCUCCCACUACAAUAAGGGUUCAGGGAUGUUCGGGGCCUGCACCUUUAAGGAAAACUGCACUAAAGUGCACCUGUGCCAGCACUUUGUGCAGGACAACUGCAUCUUCGGUACCAAGUGCAAGCGGCUUCACCACGUAGACGAGUACAGCCGCAGGAUGCUGGAGGAGCGCGGCCUCGGCAGUGACCUCAUCGACGACUUGCCCUACCUCUACCAGAACGUUUACCGCCUGAACGCCAUCGCUGCAGAAUCAGGGGCGAUUUCUGAGCCAGCAAGCAGAUCUCUGGAACUGGCAGAAGAGAAGAAUGAAAUUUGUCUCCACUUCAUCAGAAGAAACUGCAGAUUUCAGGAUCAGUGCAAACUGGUGCAUUUUAAUCUGCCGUAUAAAUGGGAGGUGAAUGAGGGGGACGGAUGGAGGGAUCUGCGAGGGAUGGAGGAGAUUGAGCGAGCCUUUUGUGACCCUAAGAAUGCAUUUGGUCCAGGCUCGAAGCCGGUGGAUUUUCAGACAAUGACCAGGUCUAGGUAUCCAGUGCGCCGUCUGUCCACGGUCUCGUCCAUCACUAAACCCUCCCACUACGUCCUGACCACACAGUGGCUGUGGUACUACAAGGGCGACCAUGAUAACUGGAUCGAGUACGGCAAGCCGGACGAUAAGGACCGCGUGACAUCUGUGAAAUCCGCUGAUCUGGAGGAGAUGUUUCUGAAGGACAGCAAAGUUGAGGUCGAGGUUAAAAAGGGCAACAGAAAAUACUAUCUCAGUUUCGAAGAUAUGUACCAGAGAAACCCCAAACACAACACCAAGAGGAAAGUACGCCGGCGGCCGUACUUCAUUUCCAUCAGCGAGGUGGAAAACCAAGUUGCACAGUGAAAUCACACACACACACACACACACGCGCGUAUCUCAUACUGAUAUGAUUCUGUCGGGCACUGAACAACACUCCGUGGUGUUUCCUUAUUCUUUGAGUACUUUCUCAGUGCACAGUGACUGACUAUAACGGUAAUGACGUACAUAACAAUUUACAAUAAAGAUGUUAUUAUGAGCCAUGAGGUAAGUCCUGUUGAAGUGUAACUGUCUUUUCUUGGUGCGGUUUAGGUUGGAGUAGCACUGAUCUGAAGUGUGCCAAAAUAUUACACUACCGUUCCAAAGUUUGGGGUCACUUUGAAAUGUCCUUAUUUCUGAAAGAAAAGCACUGUUCUUUUCAACGAAGAUCACUUUAAACUAAUCAGAAAUCCACUCUAUACAUUGCUAAUGUGGUAAAUGACUAUUCUAGCUGCAAAUGUCUGGUUUUUGGUGCAAUAUCUCCAUAGGUGUAUAGAGGCCCAUUUCCAGCAACUCUCACUCCAGUGUUCUAAUGGUACAAUGUGUUUGCUCAUUGCCUCAGAAGGCUAAUGGAUGAUUAGAAAACCCUUGUACAAUCAUGUUAGCACAGCUGAAAACAGUUGAGCUCUUUAGAGAAGCUAUAAAACUGACCUUCCUUUGAGCAGAUUGAGUUUCUGGAGCAUCACAUUUGUGGGGUCGAUUAAAUGCUCAGAAAAAUGUCUCGACUAUAUUUUCUAUUCAUUUUACAACUUAUGGUGGGAAAUAAAAGUGUGACUUUUCAUGGAAAACACAAAAUUGUCUGGGUGACCCUAAACUUUUGAACGGUAGUGUAUAUGAUCAAACUUUAAAAAAAAAAAAAAAAAAAAAAGUAUAUUUUAAAUGGUGUAUGGGUUAAACCAAACAUUUAUUGAUGCAAAACUGAGUCACUGCCCUGUUACAGGUCUGAAUCAUUGUGUUACUAAUGAGUAGAAAUAGUUAGAUGUAUCAGUAUAUGAUAAUUAAAGGAUCUUGAGUGGUGCAACAGAAAAAGCAUACGUCUGUGGACUCGAGCAAAAGGAAGCAAAGUUGUGCUGGGAGGGAUGGGAUGCUGUCAAUCACAGUGACACGAGCCUGUUGUGGCCUUCAGUGAGCUCAGGUAUGAGGAAGAAGGCUGACUGCACUUAGCUCUGACACGGCAUGAGCAGCAGGUUGAAAAGAUCCGGUUGGCUGGCUUCAGGUCUCGGAGGACACAAGUUUUAGCCCUCACCCUCACUGAUGAUUGGUAGCUGUCUUGUGAUCGAUGGAUGGGAAUUAGCAGGUGAUUAAUUCGGAAGAGAAAAUGAGGGAAUGCUUGCAUUGUGGGAAUUUUCUGGUUGUUUGUUUUUUUCUUUUCUUUUUUUUUCUCCUCAACUUACUGUAUCACAGGUCAAAUCGCUAUGUCAGGUGAACGCAGAGUGAAAUACUGUUAUGUUGCCGAAAUAAGUUGAUGCUUUGAUUUGUAAGAAUGCGUUGGGGUAUUUUUAAUGAGCAAUCUUUCAUUUUCUUUACUCUGUAACCAUCAACAAUAAAUUUUUCCUGCCAUGA